CUUUUGCAGAGUUGGUGCUGGCCUCUGCUACUUUGUUUCAGGGGCAAAGCCCAAGCGCUCCGCGAGCCUGUGGCGUUUUCCAGCGCCCAUGGAGCCGUUGGGCGGAUGGCGACCAAGGAUCUGGAUGGAGCUUCGAGCUCCGAGGCAAAGGGCUGGCUGGCCAAAGUGCCGCCCCUGCCAGAAUGGCCGGGCUCGCGCCCUUCUUCGGAGGUGUUGGUGGUCAAGCCGAGGCUACCGGAUGAAGUGGAGGCUCUCUUUGCGGAGGCGGCGGCGCUGGUGGCUGCGCGACCUCGGCGCAACACGCGAUUGCAGGUCCUGGAAGAGGAGAUGCAGCGCCAUGGUGCAGCAAGGAAGAUUGCCUUGGCUUGGAAAGAACGAGCACUGCAGCGGCAGCAAAGGGCGGCGGGCGUGGUGCAGAAGCACUUCCGUGGUUUGCACGGACGCAGGCACUUCCAGGCGGAGAAAAGGAAGCAGUGCGCCUGUCGGCUCCAGAGAUGGUGGCGCAAGAAGAGGUUCUAUCUCGCGUGGUUUCGGACGCAUAUGCUGCGGAAGUGCGCGGUGAAGUUGCAAUCCUGGCACCGCGGGAACAAAGCACGAGAAGAGGUGAAACAGCAGCAGCGAAGUGCCCGAAAGAUUCAAGCACAUUGGCGCUGGCAUCGGCUGUGGCAGGCUUAUCUUCGCUAUCGAGAGAGGGAGCGGCAGCGGCAGCGAGCAGCCCGCCAGAUCCAAGCGUCGGCUCGGAGCUUUUUGUCGGUGCAAGAACUGCAGCGGCGCAAGCAGAUCCAACGUCACGGUGCCGCCAGUAUGGUCCAGAAGCACUUCCGCGGUUGGUGCAGUUGGAGGCGCUUCCAGAAAGGAAAGCAAGCUGCUUGUCGGCUUCAGAGAUGGUGGCGCAAGAAGAGGCUGUACCUUGCAUGGCGACGGCUCCGGAAGAGCGCCGUGAAGUUGCAGUCCUGGCUCCGGGGAAAGCAGGUACGAGACGAGGCGCCCUCGCGUCGGACGGUUUGGGACUGUUUCGGUGGGCUGCGGGAGGUGAAACAGCAGCAGCGAAGUGCCCGAAAGAUUCAAGCACAUUGGCGCUGGCAUCGGCUGUGGCAGGCUUAUCUUCGCUAUCGAGAGAGGGAGCAGCAGCGGCAGCGAGCAGCCCGCCAGAUCCAAGCGUCGGCUCGGAGCUUUUUGUCGGUGCAAGAACUGCAGCGGCGCAAGCAGGCCGCUGCAAAGGCACGCGGACCGCCUGUCACCUCGGACUCAGCAGUGCCUGGAGUGCAGACAGCGCCGACGGUCAGCAACCACAAUGCGGAGCCUCCUCGCAGCGUCUUGAACGGCUUUUGUGCACAUCUUUGUAGCCCUUUGGUCAGCCUGGAAGGGAAGGUCAGGGCCAGACGCACAGGUGUACAUCCCAAGGGCAUGGGUUUGGGUUGCGUGGUCUUUGGCGAUGGACCUUUGCCGCACUUUCCGGAGGGGCGAUACUUUGAAGUUCGCAUCGAGGAGGUGGCCCAGGACUUCCCAGACGGGUUGAACCUCGGUGUGGCUUUGAAGCUCCCGAUGGCACGGCCCAAGGAGCCCUACGCCACCUGUGAGGAGGUACCCAGAUCCUUCUGCUACGGCUUCGAUGGCAUGGCACAUCGAUGCGACCGAGAGGAUUUGGAGGCCAUCGACUGGAGCCCUGUGGAUUUGGAAGUCGGGGAUGUGGUAGGGAUCCUUGUGACCAAACAAGGCGUAAUGCAGCUGAUAGUGAAUGGCAUUUUAGAGGUCUUCUCUAUUGAUGGCUUGCCGGACCAAGACCUUUUUCCACUGGUGGAACUCAUGGGCAACACUGUGGCAGUCUCCUUGCGCCCGGGAGCAUCGCCACCGGCGGUGCGCCCACGUGACCCGAAGAUGGCCUCCGCGCCCACGGUCCAGGUGAACGCAGCUCCGGAACCACCUCCAUCAGUGCCACAAGUGCCGACUGCUGAGAUGUCCUCCAAGGGGGCAGCGCCCCUUACGACCUUGAACCCGGGGGCAGUGCAGCCUUCGCAAGUGCAGCCUGCUGCAGUGCAGCCUGCUGCAGUGCAGCCUGCUGCGGUGCAGCCUACUGCAGUGCAGCCUGCAGCAGCGCAGGGACGCUUUUCCACUCGCCGCAGCAUGGCGCCUGCUCCGAAGGCAGCGCCAGAAGCGUCUUCAUCAGGGCCAGCGCAAGCAGUGAUGCCUCCGACUGAGACACUGCCCACGUCGCAUUCAGGCGCCCCACGACGCUCCGCAGCACGGGAGGGUCGCUUCUCCUCCCGCCGGAGCAUGGCGAAACCUGCUGCCGCGCCAGUCAAGGCUACAGGGGCCUUCUAUGCACCAUUGCUCAGCAAACAGAUGCAGCUCUCCAAGGAUGGGAAUUCCGUUCGACACAAGGAUGAGACAGGGCAGCAGCUAUACGGUAUUGCUGUUGGCAGCAGCCCUCUAGCGCCGCUUCCAGGUGGCCGCUAUUUCGAGGUGCGGGUGGACAAGGUCCGGAAGGGCAUGAGCGACGGCCUUGCAUUGGGCUUCACCUUGGUUCCUCCGAGCGAACUAGCAGGCGAGGAGCUGCACGAAGUGUCAGACACCUUGCCGGAAUCGUGGACUGCAGGGUAUGACGGCUUUUAUCGAUCCGUGAACUAUGCAGACAAUGAUCAGACCACUUUGACAUGGAACCCUUCGAGCCUCCAAGUCAACGAUCGAGUGGGGGCACUACUCACACGGGCGGGACAGUUCAUGAUCCUCGUGAAUGGCAAGGUGGUGGUCCGCGUCAGUGAUGACUUCCCCUUGGCGGACGUCGAGGCAUUCUAUCCUGUCGUGGACCUCCUUGGUCGAGUGUGUCAGGUGACAAUGACUUUGGAUGUUGUGCCCCCACCAGAUGUCACAGUGGGUGCCACUUUCACCGGCUUUGAUCCCAAGCUUGUGGGCAAGACGGCGCACCUCGAUGGCACGCGGCUGCUUUGCGCGAGCAACGACGCGGGCGGCGAUGCCCUGGGGGGAGUGGUCUUCGGCGAUGGCCCGUUGCCCUGCACGGGCCCCGACGGCGAAGCCUACUUUGAGGUCGUGGUGCAGGAGCUGCGACAAGGAAAAGAGGAUGGCCUGGUCUUGGGAGUGGCAUCCAAGAAGCCUGGAUCGAUGGAUGAGAUCCUCAUGGGUUGCGAUGUGAAGGACGCCUGGAGUAUCGGCUACAACGGCUGUGCCUUUUCGCCUGACCUGGAGGAGGAGCUGCCGGUGAAGUGGAGCCCAGUGAACUUGCAGCGCGGCGACUGUGCAGGGCUUCUAGUCAAAGGGGACGGUAGCUUGAUCGUGCUCAUCAAUGGCGUUCCAGUGUGCAAAGGGCCAAAGCAAGUUCCAGUCUUGGAUGUGCCGCUGUAUCCCUUCGUGGACCUCUUAGGCAAUGCCAAAGCGGUCCAACUCCAGAAACCCACUGCGGAGUUGGUGAAGACGGCCGUGGUGAACUGUGCCAAGGCAGCGAAACGAAGCCUUCUGAGCAACAGUGGCAAAGACCCUGCCUUCUUUGAUGCCUGGUAAGAGGAUCAACCCACCGAAGCUGAGCCUCAGAGACUCGAAGAUGAAGAAGCUGAGUCUUGCUU